GCCACAGUGUCAGUGCUAUAAAGAAGACAGUUACAGGCUGGGUGCGGUGGUUCACACCUGUAAUCCCAGCACUUUGGGAGGCCGAGGCGGGUGGAUCGCAAGGUCAAGAGAUCGAGACCAUCCUGGUCAACAUGGUGAAACCCUGUCUCUACUUAAAAUACAAAAAAAUAGCUGGGCAUGGUGGCGCGUGCCUGUAAUCCCAGCUACUCAGGAGGCUGAGGCAGGAGAAUUGCCUGAGCCCAGGAGGCGGAGGUUGCGGUGAGCUGAGAUGGCGCCAUUGCAUUCCAGCCUGGGCAACAAGAGUGAAACUCCGUCUCAAAAAAAAAAAAUGUCAGUUACAAAGCUUUGAAAGCUUGUCUGGUGCUUUGUCUCCUCCAGGUGACUUCCCAAGUAUGGCUGGCCACAAUACCUCGAGGAAUUCCUCUUGUGAUCCUAUACUGACACCCCACUUAAUCAGCCUCUACUUCGUAGUGCUCAUUGGAGGGCUGGUGGGUGUCAUCUCCAUUCUGUUCCUGUUGGUGAAAAUGAACACCCGGUCAGUGACCACCAUGGCGGUCAUUAACUUGGUGGUGAUCCAUAGCGUUUUUCUGCUGACAGUGCCAUUUCGCUUGACCUACCUCAUCAAGGAGACUUGGACGUUUGGGCUGCCCUUCUGCAAAUUCGUGAGUGCUAUGCUACACAUCCAUAUGUACCUCACGUUCCUGUUCUAUGUGGUGAUCCUGGUCACCAGGUACCUCAUCUUCUUCAAGCGCAGAGACAAAGUGGAAUUCUACAGAAAACUGCAUGCUGUGGCUGCCAGUGCUGGCAUGUGGACCCUGGUGAUUGUCAUUGUGGUACCCGUGGUCAUCUCCCGGUAUGGAAGUCAUGAGGAAUACAAUGAGAAGCACUGUUUCAAAUUCCACAAAGAGCUUGCUCACGUGCAUGUGAAAGUCAUCAACUAUAUGAUAGUCACUUUUGUCAUAGCCAUUGCUGUGACUCUCUUGGUCUUCCAGAUUGUCAUCAUUAUGUUUAUGGUGCAGAAGCUACGCCACUCCUUACUAUCCCACCAGGAGUUCUGGGCUCAACUGAAAAACCUGUUUUUUAUAGGGAUCAUCCUUGUUUGUUUCCUUCCCUACCAGUUCUUUAGGAUCUAUUACUUGAAUGUGGUGACACACUCCAAUGCCUGUAACAGCAAUGUUGCAUUUUAUAAUGAAAUCUUCUUGAGUGUAACUGCAAUUAGUUGCUAUGAUUUGCUUCUCUUUGUCUUUGGGGGAAGCCAUUGGUUUAAGCAAAAGAUAAUUGACUUAUGGAACUGUGUUUUGUGCCGUUAGCCACAAACUAUGUUAUUCAUAUUUGCUUCCUUUAUAAAAAUGGGUAAAUGGGUAUAGAGACGGUAAGAAUGGUAUUUCAUUACUUGAUAAAAAAACCAGGCCUUGAUCUACCCAAAACAAAAGGACUAUAAAAUGUCAGAGCCCUCAUGUAGUCAUUAUGAGUGAUGCCCAGACAAAGACCAGUGAGGCUGAAUCUACCUGGAGUUGAAUAUUACAUUAUUUUCCAAUACAGAAUGCCUGUGUGGCCCAUCCAUCCAGGCGACAUAGGUCUUAAGAGUUUUAGAGUUUCAUUAGUUCAUUCUAAUUGCCUCUGUUUGAAGCAUGGUUUCUUCUUAGAUUUCAGACUGGACUCAGACCUUUAGUUCUUUUCAUCCCACUUCACCUUAGGUAAGUAAAUCCUGGCCACGACCCAGCUCCAAAGACACAAACUCUCCUUGGCUAUCCAGAUUCUAUAUCCCAUUCAUCUCACAUCCUGAUAAAAACCGAUAAGGGGGGGAAAUGGUAAAAAAAUAUUAGUAGGGUAUCAUAACUCUGGUGGGAAGUCAUCUAUUUAGAAAUGAAGUGAAAAAGAACUCACGGCCUUCUGUUAUAACAAGGUUUUUUAUAUUUGUCCUGUAAAAGAUCAUUUAAGGACAUGCGAUCAACUCCCUCAAUCUCACCAAUUGCAUGUUGCUCCAAAAACCAUUUGAAGGCUUACUGGACGUGUCUACGUAAUGGUGAAACUGUAAUUUAGAGAAUAUUCCUGACCAAUGUGCUGGUAUGCAUUAAAAUGAGUUCCCAAGGGAAGUGAUUAAAGUUUUUUUCUCUUCUGUUUUUUGAGAGGAUUUCUAGAUGUCCUGGGCCACAGUUAAUUAAGACUUUUAGUGGGGCCUGAAAGUUAUACUGAAAUCUUUAGCGUUCCCUUCCACCCUUAAAAUUACAUGUUUUUAAACAAAUGAAAACUGUGUUUUUAAAAGAGGACUUUUGAGAAGUAUACAGAAAGCCAUUACUUUAGACUCUGUGAGAUUAGACUGCAUGAAGAAGGUUUUCUGAAUAUUUAAAGAAUGGAUAAAUAAAAUAUACUUGAAAGUAAUAAAAUAAUAAUCCUUUAAAAUAUAGGGAAAAUAACAAAUGGUUUAAUACUUGGGUACUAGGUUUAAUACUUGGGUACUGGGUUUAAUACUUGGGUACUGGGUUUAAUACUUGGGUACUAAUGAAAUAAUCUGUACAACAAAUCCCCAUGACACAUGUUUACCGAUGUAACAAACCUGCACAGGUACCCCUGAACUUAAAAGUUUAAAAUCAUCAUAAUAAAAUAAUUUGGAUUUUUUCCAAAUUCUGAGUUACUUUCUGUAAAAUCUUAUUAAUAACUUGUGACAUGUGGCAUGUUAAACUGAUUUUAUUUUAAGGACAUCUAUGACUGUUGAUACACAGGCUUGUGGGUUUUUGCUUGUUUUUUUUUCCUCCUGCCCAUCCUUCUAUUGCCCUCAAUGUUUUAUCCUCUAAAAAUUUUCCCAGCAUCUGAUCCAGUUUCGUAUUUAAUGCUUCACAAAGCCUGAAGUAAUUAGUAAUAUGAAUAAAAUAACUGAAUGAAUUAAGGGAACUUUUUUUUAUUAAGGUGUAUCUUUAGAAUUUAAAAGUUUUUCUUAAUUUAUUAUCACUCUGUGGAUUCACAAAUUUCUCAGAUGAAUAAGAAAUAUCCCUGUGAAUUUCUGUGGUCGCUAAAAUUACUGAACCAUAUAAAUUAAUUCUGAGGAAGCAAAAGU